GGGAAGACAAUGUGGCAAACUAGCAACAAGUAAUAUGUUAAUACUAUCCUGGCAGCAAGGCAAUACAUCAAAUUACCAAAGCAAAGAAAAUAAACACGUGAAGAAAUCAGAGAAAAGAAGGAAAAGCAAAUAAGAUGAAAAGGAAACAAGAGAAAAUUUUCUUCCGUCAAAACCGAGGCUCCAACUUCCAUCUUCAUCUCUAACCAUAAUAUCUUUAACAACAUUAUCAUUCGAGAGAGAAGAUGAAUUUUGUGUUAUUUUAUCCUUUCCAACCCAAAAUUCGGAGGCCGUUUAUGGGUUAUAAAACCCCUCAAUUAUCUCUUCAAAAAGGGGGACACAAGUUUUACUACGGAGCUUUCAUCGGGAAUUUGUGAGGCUUGGUGGAGUACGAUUGAUCCAAAGUUGAUAGACUGAGUGAUACCGGAAGGUGAAGGGACAACUUGACGGCAACAAUGUAGCGGCGGCCGUUUGAUCGUGGCUUAGUUAUGAGUUCCCUUCACUCACUCUUAAAUUCUUUCAAUUUUUUUAUUAAUCUUAUUGCUUAAACUGAGUAUGAUGUAAUUUGUCUUCAAACUUAUGAUUUUUUCUGUUUCACCGUUUAUACGCUGAGUUAAACAAGUUUCAAUGCUUUAGUUUGUGUGUUUAAUUAAUUCACAUGAUUAUUUGUUCUUGCAUUUAUGUUUAAUUAAUCUAUACUUGUGGCAGUGCACGAUUGCUUGUAUGAAGUAAUUAGACUAUACUAAAUUAUUACUUGAUGCGGCGUUAAUUGAUAAUUUAGAGGAAAUAACUUAGUUAUAGUAGUUUGAGCGGCUCAAGUUUAGUAUUGUUGAGUUUGUGAAUUAAUCUAAUAAAAACCAGUUUAUUGGGGUAGAAAGUAUAUUAGCAGGAUUCUAAUUUUAGUGAGCAAUAUAUGUCAAAUAGACCGCGGCGGUAAUUUGUCUACCUAAAUACUAAAACUGAGUAUUGAAGGAAAUUAAAAGGAGUGAAGUAUGGAGCUAACUUGUAUCGUUUUAUCCUAUGAUCAAAUUAAUAUACCAAUGGUGGUUUGCUUGUCGUCUAUUGUAAAUAGUAGAUUUAUAUUUAGUCUUGGUAGUUUAGUUAUUAGAUCACGAUUAUAAACCCCCCCAAUCUCAUGUACAUAGUGUGAAUAAUACUCUAUUAUGUAUAUGGUUUAUUUUUCGAGUUAGACUUUAAGUUUUAAGAGUUGAUUAAUCUCCUCGUGGGAUCGACCCUUACUUACCCUUUUUACUAGUUGUUAAUAUUUUUGGAGAAUAAGUUAGGUAACUAAAUAAUUAAUUUUAUACGGUAAACGACACGUAUCAAAUUUUGGCGCCGUUGCCGGGGAGAUUAAUUUUAGUUCUUAAUAGAAAAGUUUAACUAAUUUGCUAUUGUUAUUAAUGAAUAUGCUCAUAUAGCUGGUGUUUCGGGGUUUUCUGUGUCCUACGGAAGAGUUACAACACCAAGACUGGAAUCCGGACAUCUGUACCUGCAAAACAACAGAGACUCCGGAUGGGGGAGUUCCGCCUCCAACGAUCAAGUUAGAACCGGAAUGAAGUUUGUAAUAAAUGCGGAAGUUAAUGAUCUUCUCGAAUAACGAGAUCGGGAGGUGUAUGAACGCGUACGAUCCAGAAGCAAGACUUCAACGCAUUAAAGCAUACGUAGGCUUCCUAAACGAGGCUGAACCAGAGAAGCUGCUUCACAUUUUCAGUGCUAAACCGGAACUUGAAAUAGAAGAUCCAUUACCGAUUGAAUACAAGAACAUGGCAGAACGAACAUUGAAGGAACUGGGAGCCUCGAGAAUAGGAGAAGAUCCUUUUUGCAUUGUCUUUCCAAAGCUAGAGAAUCCUCUAAAGCUGAAUUCGGGUUUCCUUAAUCUUCUCCCUAAAUUCUAUGGGAACGCAAGUGAGAAUCCUUAUAGACACUUAAAAGAAUUUAAGGUUGUAUGCUCUUCCAUGAAUCCUGAAGGCGUAGAACAAGAACAUAUUAGAUUACAUGCUUUUCCUUUUUCUUUGCAAGAUCCUGAUAAAGAGUGUCUAUAUGAGCAACUUUCACCUAGUUCUAUUAAUUCUUGGGCAAAAAUGGAAAAAGUUUUUCUUGAAAGAUUCUUUACUGCGAGUCGUAUUGGUUCUAUUAGAAAGGAAAUUUGUGGAAUUAGGCAAAAUUAUAACAAAUCUUUAUAUGAGUAUUGGCAACGUUUUAACAGGCUUUGUUCAUCUUGUCCACAACACCAAAUAAGUGAGCAACUGCUAAUUCAAUAA